AUGGAUGAGGACCAGGGUCCCUCCCACAUCGCUCCUCAUGCGAUACCAAAGAGGACCAUCGGCGACCGAGUGACUGGCUUCACACGAACCCUCGCCCACACCUUUCUCACCAAGGAUGGAUGGCUAGGGGACUAUGACUAUGGCUUUCUCUUCCGGCCCAACCUGCCCUUCAUGAGAAAGAUCAACAAGCCCGCCAUCUUCUUCGGGCUCAACGACAGGAUGCCCGUCCUCCUCGCUCUCAUCCUCGGUUUCCAGCACUCUCUCGCCAUGUUGGCUGGCAUCAUCACUCCCCCCAUCAUUCUUGCCGGAGGAGCUGGUGCCAACUUCACCGCUGAACACUCGCAAUACCUCGUCUCGAGCGCCCUCAUAGUCUCCGGCCUGCUGUCCUGCAUCCAAAUAGCCCGGUUCCGCAUCCUGAAGACGCCCUACUACAUCGGCACCGGUCUGAUCUCCGUCGUCGGUAUCUCCUUCGCCAUCAUUCCCGUCGCCAUCGGUGGCUUUAACCAGAUGUACGCCAACGGCAUGUGCCCCACCGCCCAAGACGGCACUCGCCUGCCCUGUCCCGACGGCUACGGAGCCAUCCUCGGCACAGCCGCUGUCUGCGCCUUGCUCGAAGUCCUGCUCUCCUUCCUGCCGCCCAAGUACAUGCUGCGCAUGUUCCCGCCCAUCGUCACCGGCCCCACCGUCAUGCUAAUCGGCAUCAGUCUGAUCCAGUCCGGCUUCCAGAACUGGGCCGGCGGUUCUGGCUCUUGCGCUGAUGCCAACCCCCUCCCCGAAUUCAUGGUAUGCCCCAACGUCGGCGCCCCUCACGCUCUCCCCUGGGGCUCGGCCGAGUACUUGGGUCUGGGCUUCCUCGUCUUCGUCACCAUCAUCCUCUGCGAGCGUUUCGGCUCUCCCAUUAUGAAGUCCACCAGCGUCAUUCUCGGUCUGCUUGUCGGCUGCAUCGUCGCUGCUGCCUGUGGCUACUUUGAUCGCACCAGCAUCGAUGCCGCUCCCGUCGCCUCCUUCAUGUGGGUACAUACCUUCAAGCUCACGGUGUACGGUCCACUCGUAUUACCAUUGCUGGCCGUUUACCUUGUCUGCGCCUGCGAGGCCGUCGGUGACAUCACCGCUACCUGCGAUGUGUCCCGUCUGGAGGUUGAGGGCGAGAUCUACGAGAGCCGUGUCCAGGGUGGUGUGUUGGCGGACGGCAUCAACGGUAUCCUCGCCGCUCUCUGCACCAUCACGCCCAUGACCACUUUCGCUCAGAACAACGGUGUCAUUGCCUUGACCAGAUGCGCCAACAGAACCGCUGGUUUCUGCUGCUGCUUCUUCCUCAUCAUCAUGGGCAUCUUCUCCAAAUUCGCCGCCGCCCUCGUCGCCAUCCCCGCCUCCGUAAUCGGCGGCAUGACCACCUUCCUCUUCACCUCCGUCGCCGUCUCGGGAAUCGCCAUCAUCACCCGCGGCGUGCCCUUCAACCGGCGCAACCGAUUCGUCCUGACCGCCGGUCUGGCCCUCGGCUACGGCGCCACGCUGGUCCCCACCUACUUCGCCACCUUCUUCACCUAUAAGGGCGACAACAAGUCGCUCCAAGGUUUCCUGGACGCCAUUGAGCUCAUCAUGGAGACCGGCUUCGCUGUUACCGCGCUGUUCACGAUGUUCUUGAACUUGGUGAUCCCCUAUGAGUUUGAGGAUAUCGAUGAGCAAAGCGUCGAGGGAUUGCCUACCGGCGUGGCGCUUUCUAAGGAGGGGGCGGCCGCGGGUGUAGUGGCGGAGAAGGGAAGCUUUAGUGCGAGCGGGGUUGGUAGUGAUGAUAUCAGGCCGGUGGAGAGCGGACCGGGGAAAACGGUUAAGGAGGCUUGA